UUUUCAUUUGUUAAAGAAGAAGAAAUCCAAAAUCGAAGACCAAAAAAGAAAAAAAAAAAGGUUGCCCCAAGCAAUCAGCAGCAUUUUCAGUUCUGCAAUUGAAUGAGGUUAAUAACCGGCAUAACUGAACCAAUCUCCAGCGUCGGAUCCACAUAAGAACCCAACGGAUCCAACGCCAAUAAGCAAGAGAAACUGAAGUGUGAGGGAUCCGAAUUUGAACGACUAAGAUCCAAUGACGGAUCCGAUUCUGGAUCUACAAGAAUCGGGUUGGGAGGAACUGAGGAGAGAAGCUCGAAAGACCGAAGGCGAUCUCGAUGUCAAACUCUCUUCUUAUGCUAAGCUCGGUGCAAGGUUUACCCAAGGAGAUAAUGGGUCGCCAACGGUUGGGUCAAGCAGGUCAUGGAAGUCUAUGGAAAUGGAAAUUCAAUCAUUGCUUGAAAAACUGCUGGACACAAAUGAUGCCAUGAGUAGAUGUGCUGCGUCUGCUGCACCCACUACUUCGGUAACCCAGAAGCUUGCAAGGCAUAGAGACAUACUACAUGAGUUUACUCAGGAAUUUAGAAGAAUCAAGGGAAACAUAAAUUCAAUGAGGGAACACGCAGAGCUUCUGAGUUCUGUCAGGGAUGAUAUCAGUGAGUAUAAGGCAUCUGGGAGUGUGUCACCAAGAAUGCAAUUACUUAGAGAGCGAGCUGCCAUCCAUGGAAGUAUAGCUCAUAUUGAUGAUGUGAUUAAUCAAGCUCAAACGACAAGGGCAGUGUUGGGCUCUCAAAGAGCACUGUUUGGAGAUGUUCAAGGGAAAGUAAAAGUUCUAAGUGACAAGUUCCCUGUUAUCCGUGGCUUGCUUGGUUCCAUCAGGAGGAGGCGUUCAAGAGACACUCUUAUUCUGUCAGCAGUAAUUGCUGCUUGUACGAUGUUCCUUAUUAUCUAUUGGCUCUCAAAAUAACUAGAGAUGUGAUUUACAUAGGGAAAUGUUGAAAGCAGUUGUGCUUUGCGACAAAAUUCACGUGAAGUUAUUUAGGUGAUAUUUGUAAAUUUAUUUUUUAGAAAAUAAAUAAAAAUUUUAAAUCAAUAGAUUAAU